AUGACCGAUAUUCUUUCACUUGAACAAUUAGUUCAUCUGUCUCUAGGUGAUCCUGAGACAGGUGCAGUUAAUUUUAAUAUAUUAAAAACUCUUCUUCUACAAAUGCUUAAAGCCAUGAAUUUAUAUAAUUAUAAACCAACAAUGUCGGAUGAAGAUCAACGUACACUUGAAGAAGUACUUUCAACAACACCUGAACAAUUAAUUAAGGAUAAUAAUAAUAAAAAGAAAUUUCAAGGAAAUAAACGUGAUCGAAGUUCGGAUCGUCUUAAUACAUUAGAAGAAAAAGUAUUUCGUUUUGAAUCUCAAUUCAAUGCAUUUGAUCAACUACCAUCAAAUUCAGAAUUAAUUGAUCGAGCUAAACAAAUACCAAAAAAAACAUCAGAUGAUGAUAAUCAACAAACAACAAUAGAACAUCAUGGACCAAUACUUGAAGUUUGGCAAUAUACACAAAUGGAAAAAAGAAUUGAAUCAGCUGAAAAUGGAAUAACACGGCUUGCUUCAUUACUUCAAGAUCUUUUAUCCGAUAUGAAUGAUUUGAAAGAUUCAAAUGAAACAAUGAAACAUAACACAGAUGAACUUAAAAAUCUAGUUGAUACAUUAAAUCAAGAGAAAAAUGAUUGGGCCAAAAAAUCUGAUAUUGAAAAUUUAGAUGAAAAAAUUCGUAAUUUAGAAAAUUUACUUUCAUCAUUACGAGAUCAAACUAAUGAUUUAACAAAAGAAAAAUCUAAUAUGAAUUCAAUGUCGGAUUUUAUUACAUGGGAUCAAUUAGAAAAUGCACUUCGUGGUAUUCGAGAAUCAAUAGAAAAAUCAUCAAAUAAUACAGCUGAUGCUACAAGUUCUGUACAAUUAAUUGAAGGACAAAAUAAUACAAAUCUUGAUGAUAUUCUAAAACAACUUGGAACAUUAAAUGAUCGACAUGAACAAUUACGAACAUCAGUCGAUGAACUUGAAAAAAAAAAACUUAAUCGAGAAGAAUUUGAUGCGUUUAAGAAUCAACAAAAUGAUUUAUUUGAUCGUCUUGCUGCAUUGGAAAAAGAUAUUGAUAGUUUUCCAUCACAGGGAACUAACAAUACUUCUGAUACAGCAUCAUCUGUACGUGAAAUAAAUCCCGAAGGUUCUUCACAGUUACGAACGAAUUCUUCCAGUGAUUUAUCCGAUAUUCGGACAGCUUUAAAACAUUUACGAGAUGAAUUAGAUCGACUCAAACGACAAAUACAAGAUUUAUUAAAUAAAGGAAAUUUAUCUACAGAAGAUAUUGAUGCUUUGAAAAAAUUAAUUCAACAAUUAGAUCAAACAAAAACUGACAAAACCUAUGUUAAUAAUGAACUUGAUAAAAAAGCAGACAAACGAGAUAUUGAUAAUCGAGUACUGAAAAAAGAUUUCAAUAGUGCUUGUAAUGAUUUAUCUCAAAAAAUAAAUGAUUGUUUACAACGAUAUCAUGUUCAUGAUGAUAAUCAAAUAAGAGACUUACAGAAAAUCAAUCGUGAUAUUAAUGAAAAAUUAGAUCGUGCUGAAUUAGAUGCAUUACGUGAUUAUAUGGAUAAACAAAUGAAAAAAUUAAAAAGAUUAGCAAAAGAGCAGCAGCAACAGACACAACAGCAACAUGUUCAUGUUAUGUCAGAAGAUGAGGCCGCCGGUCUACGAAAACAGCUCAUUCGUUUUCAUUGCAUCAGCUGCGAUCGUCCCAUUGACGUUCAACCGCACUCACAACAACCGAGUCUACCCAUAAAUCAGGGCAUGCGUCCUAUCCAGUCUCCCCGACCGUAUACAACAUACGAACUAGACCAAAUACGACAAUUUCAAAAGAGUCAACAGUUUAGUAAUGAAUUUAGUGUUGGUAGUGCAACAGAUGUUUAUGCAACUAUGCGACAAUGUGGUGGUUCACACACAACAACAUUACCAUUUAAACGACAAAUAAAAACACAACCAGCUGUACCUGAAGAAACAUUACUUUCAAGAAAUGAAGUUGAUAUUAAAGGCCAAGAUGGUAUGAUAUAUAAAGGUAGAAUUUCUGUGGAUAAAUUACCAUCUGUUGAUUUGCAUAAAAAAAAUUCUGUUGUUUUACUUGCACCACCACCAUUACUGAGAUCUCGUUCGGAUUCUCACCCACUACCUUCCCCUCAUCAACAUCAACGUGAUUCAUUUGGUAACGAUCAAGAACGAAAUAGUUUAUCACCUACAAUUCCUAAUCUUGAACCAAUUAUACCUCGAGAAACAUCAUUUACUUAA